UGAAUGCCUAGUCACUUCAGGUUUGUACCAGCCUGACCAAGCAGGACCAUGUCUACCUUUGGCUACAGAAGAGAGCUCAGUAAAUAUGAAGACAUCGAUGAAGACGAGCUCCUCGCUUCUCUCACUGAAGAGGAGCUGAAGGAGCUGGAGCGGGAGCUGGAGGACAUAGAGCCUGACCGUAACCUGCCGGUGGGACAACGGCAGAAGAGCCUGACGGAGAAAACACCAACGGGGACUUUCAGCCGGGAAGCGCUGAUGGCCUAUUGGGAGAGGGAGACCAAGAAACUCUUAGAAGAAGAGAGACUGGGUGCGUGCGACAAGGACUGUGAGCAACAAGAAGACAAUUCAGAAGACAUUCAAGAAGAAUAUUUCACAGAAAGCAAUAGUGAAGUGUCUGAGGAGGCAUAUACUGAAGAGGAUGAUGAAGAGGAAGAAGAAGAUGAGGAGGAAGAUGAAGAUGACAGUGAUGAUGAGGAUGAGGAAAAGCAAAAUGCUGCAGGUGGUGAAAGACCUGAGGAUGGCAGGAGUUCUGACCACAUCAGACACAAAAAGUGCAAUGGCGCGAAGGACAAUGAAAACUUACUCAAUGGCCACGAUGGAAAAGACACCGAUAAUCUGAGCUUAAAAAGCAGUGCCAUCCACCCUUGUGGAAAUCCAACAGUUAUUGAGGAUGCUUUGGAAAAAGUUAGGAGCAAUGACCCUGACACCACAGAGGUCAAUCUGAACAACAUAGAAAACAUCACUUCGCAGAUGCUUAUACAAUUUUCUCAAGCCCUGAGGGACAACACAGUGGUCAAGUCAUUCAGCUUGGCUAACACACAUGCUGAUGACAACGUUGCAAUAGCUAUAGCUGGUAUGUUAAAGGUAAAUCAGCAUAUAACUAGUCUGAAUAUUGAGUCAAAUUUUAUCACAGGCAAGGGAGUGCUGGCCAUCAUGAGAGCUUUGCAGAGCAACAAGGUUCUAACAGAACUGCGGUUCCACAAUCAAAGGCACAUCAUGGGCAGCCAGGUGGAAAUGGACAUAGUUAAACUGUUGAAAGAGAACACCACUCUGGUCAAGCUUGGAUACCACUUUGACCUUGCUGGCCCAAGAAUGAGCAUGACAAGUAUCCUGACAAGGAAUAUGGAUAAACAAAGGCAAAAGCGUAUGCAGGAGCAGCGGCAACAAGAAUCUGGUUGUGACGGAGCCAUCAGUCCAAAGACCAAAGUCUUGCAGAAGGGGACACCUCGGUCCUCACCUUACGUGUCACCUAAGAGCUCUCCUUGGUCCUCUCCAAAGCUCCAGAGCUCAAAAAAAGCCCUACAGAAAGGACAGAAAAAGAAAAAAGGCAAAAAAAGCAAAAAACAUGAGAACAGCAUAUUGAAAGAAAUUAAAGAAUCUCUGAAAUCAGUCUCGGACAGAAAAUCAGAGGAAGGUUCACGACCCUCCACCCGUCCGUCCACCCCACAAAGGUCUCUCCAUGACAACCUUAUGGAAGCAAUUCGGGCAAGCAGCAUAAAGCAAUUAAGGCGGGUGGAGGUACCAGAAGCCCUUCGGUGAAAGCCUGGACAACAGAAGAAGCAGAGCACUGCAGUGGUCAAGGAGAGGCUACUUGUCCAUUCACUGGUGGUAAAAUAGACUGUGUAGCAAGCUGCUUCCAAAGUACACUCUUAGAUUCAAACCAUUUCUCCUUUAUUUCAAAGAAAUAAACCCGCUAAAUACAAAACAAUGCUUUAAGGAUACAUUUGCCUUGCAAUCUGUAAAUAUGGAACUAAUUUUCUUUUUUAUUUAAUGAGAUUUCUAUUGAGAAAUUGCUGCUUAUUUAGAUAUUCUUUUCAAUAUCUGAUUGCACAUCAAUGGACAAGUUCUUCAUUCUGAGAUGUAAUAGUUUACCAACCUGUGGUUUCUUCUUUUUUUUUUUUCUCUUUUUCCAUGAAUUUACAAUAAAUGUGGUUUGAAGCUUUCAAGCAGA